GGAGUCCACCUCUACUGCAUAUAUAAGGAGUUCUUGAACCUUGAGCGAUUAAUACGAAAGAUUCGGUAUGAAGAACUUAUUCAUCUUGGCGUCCAUCUUGUCCGCGGUAGUGUCUCAACUAUCAGUUUAUCCCCGUGAUGACAGAUUCCAGCAACCAUAUCAGGGACGUGGAAUAUUCCCCGCACUUGGACGAGCUGUUGGACAACCUGCUUUUCCGGGUAGACAAGACGGAUUCGCUUUCGGUCAAGGCUCAUUCGAUGGCGGUGCACGAAGCUACCAAGUAAAAGGCCGCUUGCUUUGCGGAGUACAGGGAGCUCAGGGAGCAAGGGUGUCACUUUAUGAGAUUGGAAACGGAGGAUCCCCAGUUGUUUAUGAGGACAAGUCUUUGGAUGGGUCAGGAGGUUUUCAUAUAAAAGCCGAAAUUCGUGAUCAAGGAUUUGGUGGUGGAAGUUCUGCAGGACCCCUCAUACUGGCUAUCAAUCAUAAUUGCGAGGGUGUACGACAAAUGAGUCUUCAGCUGCCACAAUCUUAUCUUCACCAAGGAUUCGGUGCAGCCAGAACAUUCGACAUAGGUACUAUCAAUCUCGAGGCGCGUUAUUCUGGUGAAAAAACAAACGGCUUCGAUGGUGCAAAUGGAUUCAACACUGGCGGGACUCGAAGCAGAAUUGAGACCUUGCGGAAUGGGAACAUUGGUGGUGGAUUCGCUCCUCUUCCUGUUCAGGUCUAGGUCGGC